GCCUGGAGACACGCUAGAACAGAGAACCUUUUCUGAAGUUUAUGAUACACGACUGGCCCCUCAAGUUGAAAUCGUAGAGGCCACUGGAAAUGCGAGCGAGGCGUUGCUCUCUUCACAGCAGACAAGUCCAGUGUCUUCUAUUUUGGAACUUCGCAAAAGACACUCGGGAGAAACUCGUCGAUUUUUAAAAGCACCGAAUCGGGGAGUAAACACAGAGAAACCUGUGGCUGAUACUCGUCUAGCAGAUCUUGUCUACGUUUCUAAGGUACUUUUGGCGUCCAAGAAUCCGCCCCUUUAUGAGUGUGGCAGUCGAAGGUCUGUGGCUAUUUCUCAAGUUUUUCAGACGCUGGAAGCAGACUACCAAGGAAAUCCUGACAAUUUAUCUCAUCGCCGGUUUCUCUUCGACGUCGUCAACGAGAUUUUGGCUCGGAAGUCUUGUACGCCUUCGAGCCGGGGACUUCUGCGAGACGUUUGGAGUGAGAUAUGCCAUAACACAGGCCUCCAGCAGCAGUCAGUCGAAGGCCUUCACCAGGGAGAUGUUAGUAAAGAGGCAAACUGGGCAGGCACAGAGGAGGAGCUACAGAGAAUAGCAGUGCAAAUUGCGAAGGAGAUUUUCAGCUUUCUACUGGAUGACGCUGCCAGAGAGUUACUGAAGGCAGGAACCUGCGACAAGUGUCCACUCGUUUUCCCCGAGACGGAAGAAUGAUUCUUUCCGGAAAAGGCCAACGUGGAAGGGCGAGGAACGGGCUUCGGUGUGUCAGCUGGCCUACUCCACCAAAAUAUAGCGCUUCAGGCAAACCACAUGUGGUACUCGUCCCGUAUCCUGCUCAGGGGCACUUUUCGCCAGUUGUGUUCCUCGGCAAGAAGCUGGCAGAACUCGGAUGCGCAGUUACCAUCGCCAACGUGGUUUCCAUUCAUGAGCAGAUCAAGGUAUGGGAUUUUCCUUCGGAGUUGGAUAUCAGGCUGGAGCCUCUUCAUCCCGCGGUGGAUUUGUCGAAAGGAGUUCUCGCUGCUGCAGAAGCUGAUCUAAUGCGCUUUUCAAGAGCAGUUUACGAUCUCGGCGGCGAGUUCAAGAAUUUGAUCCAAGCUCUGAAUGGCAGUGGACCUCGCGUUACCGUCAUAAUCUCUGAUCACUAUGCUGGAUCAUGGUGUGCUCCAGUCGCCAGCGAAUUUGGAAUUCCAUACGCUGUUUACUGGCCUGGAAGUGCGGCUUGGUUUGCUGUUGAGUACCACGUCCCACUACUUAUUUCCGAAGGCGAUCUUCCGAUAAAAGAUGGCGAGGACCGAGAAAUCACUUACAUUCCGGGGAUAGACUCGAUCAAGCAGUCUGAUCUUCCAUGGCACUACACGGAAGCCGUCCUUGAGUACUUUCGUGCUGGAGCCGAGCGACUCAAGGCGUCCUCCUGGAUCCUGUGUAACACAUUCCACGAGCUGGAGCCCGAGGUGGUGGACGCGAUGAAGAAGCUUUUCAACGACAAGUUUCUGCCAAUCGGUCCCUUGUUCCCGGUGCUGGAUGAUCACGGCGACUUGAAGUCCGUGCUGAGCUUUCUCAAGGAGGACAGGGAAUGCCUCGACUGGCUCGACACGCAGGAGCCAGACUCAGUCCUCUAUGUCGCAUUCGGCAGCAUAGCGAAGCUGUCGCAGGAGGAAUUCGAGGAGCUCGCGCUCGGUUUGGAGGCGAGCAAGGUGCCGUUCUUGCUCACAGUCAGGCCGCCCCAGUUCGUGGACGAAGCAGACACGACAGUCCUGGUGAAGAACAGUGACUUCUACAAGAACUUCGUCGAGCGGACCAAGGGACGAGGCCUGGUGGUUUCAUGGGCGCCGCAGAGAGAAGUUCUGGCGCACAGGGCAGUAGCUGGAUUCGUGAGCCACUGCGGAUGGAACUCGGUCCUGGAGAGCGUCUCCAGCGGCGUGCCGAUCAUCUGCUGGCCUCGGAUAUACGAGCAGGGGCUCAACCGCAAGAUCAUGGCGGAGAGCUGCCGCAUCGGGGUGGAAGUUUGGGACGUGAGGAGCUCCGACGCGUUUGUGAAGCGGGAGGAGAUUGCUGAGGCCAUUGCGAGGAUCUUCAGCGACAAAGCUCGAAAGGCGAGAGCGAGGGAAUUCAGGGACGCGGCGAGAAAGGCAGCGGCACCGGGUGGUGGCUCUCGGAAUAACCUGAUGCUAUUCACAGACUUGUGUUCUAGCGACACUCGAUCGUGAUCUUUGGCUUCGGUCUAACAAACUGUGGUCGCUUUGAUCUACCAGUGCAAGAUCUCAGUUGACAAAAUCAAAUUCUUCUGCUGUCUUGAA